AUGCCAUCUUUCGGACGUACUGGAAAUGCGGCGUACCGAGAUGUCCCUGGCGUCUAUACUCACAUUGCAGACCCCAAUGAGCGCCGGCGCAUGGCCCUCGCUGAGGUGGAUAAAGCACCCUUCGGAUGGUACCAUGUGCGCCUGGCCGUGGUCACUGGCAUAGGCUUCUUCACAGAUGCUUACAGCUUGUUCGCAAUCAAUCUCACAGUCAUAUUGCUAGGCAUUGUGUAUUGGCAAGAUGCAGACAGCCGUGGUGUCAUGCCUCAUAAUGCCGAUACAGCCAUCAAAGUUGCCACGUCCGCCGGCGCAAUCUUUGGGCAGUGCGUCUUUGGAUACUUGGGCGAUUAUCUUGGACGAAAAAGAAUGUACGGCGUUGAGCUCAUGAUCAUCAUCGCAACGACCCUUGCGCAAUCACUUUGUGGAGAAUCGGCUACCCUGUCAAUUGUCGGUGUUCUGAUCUUCUAUCGCGUAAUCAUGGGAAUUGGUGUGGGUGGCGACUAUCCCCUCAGUGCUGUCAUCACAGCUGAAUUCGCCAGUACGCGCUACCGAGGAGGCAUCAUAGCCGCUGUCUUUGCAAUGCAAGGCCUCGGGCAGUUGGCUUCGGCACUGGUAACACUCAUAGUGGUUGUCAUUUACAAAGACCAUCUCGUCAUAGCAACAGGGGUCGGUGAAUGCGUAGGAGAAUGUGCAGUGCACGUAGACAAGAUGUGGCGCAUCAUCAUUGCAUUCGGCGGCAUUCCCGGCUGGUUCGCCUUGUACUACCGAUUGACAGUUCCCGAGACACCAAGAUAUACAUUUGAUGUGCUGUACGAUGUCGAGAAGGCCUCUGUCGACGCAAGAAAGUAUCGCUAUGGCAAGCAAGGAAACGAGGUCGAUCCCGUAACCCAGGCCCAGGCCCGCAGCGAAAUGGCCAAGUACAAGACCCCGCGACCCUCUUUGGGAGAAUUAUUCCGCUUUUUCUCGCAAAAGCGUCAAGCCAUUCGGAUCUUUGGAACCUCAAUGUCUUGGUUUUUUCUCGACCUCGCAUUUUACGGCCUAGGCUUCAGUUCCGCCUCUCUCAUGGCCAUUAUGGGUUUCGAGCAAGGUGACAACCUCUACAUGUACCUCCGCAACACCGCCACCGGCCAAAUCGUGCUCAUCUGCGCCGGCGCCCUCCCCGGCUACUGGCUCACCGUCUUCACCGUCGACAAACUCGGUCGCAAACCCAUUCAAAUCACCGGCUUCGCCAUCCUAACAGUAAUAUUCUGUGUCCUGGGUUUUGCAUGGCAACAUCUUACAAAGAAGCACUUACUGGCUCUCUACGUCCUCGCUCAGUUCUUCUUCAACUUUGGUCCAAACGCCACCACGUUUAUCACCCCCGCGGAAAUCUUUCCCACACGAGUACGCAGUACGGCGCAUGGAUUCAGCGCGGGCAUGGGAAAGCUAGGAGCCGUAUUUGCACAGAUAUUCUUCGCGCCCAUGAUUAAAAGGGGUGCUACCCAUGAUAACCCCACACCUUGGAUCCACGGCGUCAUGCAGAUUUUCGCUCUCUUCAUGUUCCUCGGCAUGCUGACGAGCUUUCUUGUUCCUGAAUCUAAACGUGCGAGGUUGGAGGAGCUGGCGGGCGAGAAGGAUGAUGUGUAUGAGUUGCAGGCGAGUUUGUGGCGGAGAGGCGGUGUUGCGGGGGCUACGGGCAUUGCCAGUGGAGGCGAUGCGGAACACGCGCUGGGGAACUCGACAAUUGUGGUUGCGAGGGGGAGUGGGAGCAUGUGGAGUGCGGAUAAGGGGUCUGAGAGUGGGGGGAGGGAAGGCGAUGGGGAGAAGGGAUGGUGGCGGCAUAAGCAUAGUGAAGGAUAUGGGUAUGCUGUUUGA